CAUAGAUAAUUCAUAAUACUGGUUCGUGGUCUGUGAUUGGGAAUGGAAAUUGGGAAAAUUGCGAAAAUUAAGUUUGUUUAAAUUAGGAAAUCUAAGAAUUCAUAAUUACACAGUCAAGUAAAAGGAGCGCACAAUUAUUAUCAGUAUAAGUGGAAUAUUUUAGUAUAAAAUAUAAACUUCAUAUCAUGAAUCCAUGUUCUGUAGGGGCUCCACAACAAGACACUGAAGGCGAUGGCAGAUGGAAUAGUAUUCAUAAUAGAUUCCUAUCGGACGCCAAAGGAAAAGAUGCGGACGUUAUCUUCAUUGGUGAUUCUAUAUUACAAGCUCUAGAACAUACUGAAGUAUGGAAUCAAUGGUUUGCACCACUUCAUUGCCUUAAUUUUAGCAUUCACAAAGAUCAAACUCAAAAUGUGUUGUGGCGUAUAAAAAAUGGUGAACUUGAUCAUGUUGAUGCAAGAGUGAUAGUUUUGCAUGUGGGAACAAAUAAUGUUGAACACACUCCUGAACAAGUCUGUGAAGGAAUCUUAGAAAUAAUUCAUACAAUCAGGGAGAAACAUCCAAGUAUUUAUAUUGUUUUACCUAGUCUACUCCCAAGGGGACAAUAUCCAAAUGUGUUAAGAGAAAAAAAUGCCAAAAUCAAUCAACUUUUGCGUGAAAAAGUUGCUUGCAUGAACAAGGUGGAAAUGGUUACAAUAGACAAAGGUUUUAUACAAAACGAUGGGACAAUUAGUCAUCACGACAUGCAUGACUACCUCAUACCAACAAAUGCAGCUUGUCGGAAGGCUUUUGAACCAGUUUACGAUCUCUUACAACAGAUAUUGUCUGAAGGAGAGCCAGAAAAAGACUUGACACCCUCUGAAUAACAGUAGUAUAGACAAAGACGGUUGCUUUUUAUUGCGCAGCGCAGCAAGCUUAUUGUGAUUAAAUAGUAGUACUUAAAUUUAGCUUUUUUAUAUUAGGCAUAAGCGUGAAAUAUUUUAUAUUAAUUUAUUUUUUUCCUAUUUUUAUUUUACAUUCCAAAUUAAUAAUUUUAUACAUUGGCUGUGUUAAUUGUUAUAAGGCCUGCAAAAUUUUACUGCAUGGAUAAUAAAUACUUAAUAGUUCACUUACUAAUCAAUUUGCACUUAUUGGUACUGGAUAUACUAGUGUUUAUGAAAUAAUGUCAACAAUUAAAAUGUGAUUAUGAGAACUUUGUUACCAUGUAUGCAAAUGCAGAUUAAUUACUUUUAAAAUUACUUUUAAAGGAAAAUGAAGUCUUACAUUAAUAAAUUAAUUAUUGCUGUAAAAAGAUCUCACAAUCACAAGAUUAUUCUCAAUAUAGUCUCUUUCAUUGUAAGUGUAGACUAUAUAGUCAUGGUUGUAGCUAUAUUAUACGUGUAUAUUUUCAUGCAUAAUAAUACCUAGGUAUACAUGUAUUCUAAUUUGAAAUCCCUUGUU